AUGACUUUUGAAGUCAUCAAGUCUUCUAAUAGAGUUCCCUUAAGUUCAUGUCUAAAAACUGCAAUGCACAAAAUUGAGUUCUGUUGUAGCACUACAAAUUCAAAUGUGAGUUGCAUAGUGAGUGAGCGAGAAGCUUUUAUCGAGUUUAGGGGAAAGCUGAAAGAUGAUGCAAAUCACUUACCCACGUGGGUUGGAAAAGAUUGUUGUUUAUGGAAGGAAGUCGGUUGCAGUAGGAAAACAGGCCAUGUCAUGAAGCUUGAUCUACGUAAUCCAAUCCCUUUUGAUUUCCACAAGGGCGAUUUUAUUCAGCAUUCUACAAAUUUCGACAAGAACAGAUUGAGAGGCGAGAUAAGUCCUUCAUUACUCGUUUUAAAUCAUUUGAGUUACAAAGACUUGAGCAUGAACAAUUUUUCAGAUAUGCAAUUUCGAAAAUUCUUAGGCUCCCUGAAAAGCUUGAGAUACCUUGACCUCUCUUGGUCACAAUUUUUCAGUGGAAUGGUUCCUGAUCAUUUGGGGAAUCUUUCAAGAUUGCAGUAUCUCAACCUUAGCAAUAACGCUUUAGUUGAUCCAAUACCAGAUACUCUUGGAAGGUUGAUAUCUCUCACAGUCCUUGACCUUUCUUUUAAUGACUUUGAUAACUCAAUGUUGCAUUGUUUGAGUAACUUGAGUAGCCUUGUCCAUAUGGAUAUCAGUUCCAAUAAUUUUAACAGUUUAAUUCCUGAUGCUCUUGGAAGUUGGAUUUAUGGUUUAUUUCGGGGCGUUACACUUUCUGACAACAAUUUCGAUAAUUCAAUGUCAUGUUCUUUGUGCAACCAUACCGGUCUUGUCCAUUUGGAUCUUGGUUUUAAUAGUCUUAAUGGUCCAAUUCCAAGUGAGAUUGGUAAUAUGACACAACUCACAGAGCUUCACUUUACUAGAAACAAGUUCAAAGGUGAAAUACUAAACUCCAUGUGGUGGAACCUUUGCAACUUGCGUGUACUUGAUUUGUCCAAUAACAAGUUCAAAGGUGAAAUACCAAACUCCAUGCAAAACCUCUACAGCUUGUGCAUACUUGAUUUAUCCUAUAACAAGCUCAAUGGGAACCUUUCGACUUUAGUUAGUCCAUUUGGUUGCAUCCAUAGUAAUUUAAAGGUGUUAGAACUUAAAACAAACAUGUUUAGCGGUCAUUUGCCAAACCACUGGGGAGAGUUCAAGAAUCUUGAGUACCUUGAUAUUUCUGAGAAUUCAUUUUAUGGUCUACUGCCAUCAUCAAUUGGAAGACUGUCAUAUUUGAGAGGGUUGAAUACUAGAAAUAAUCAAUUGAAUGGGAGCAUUCCAAAUAGUCUUGGACAACUUUCAAAACUAGAAAAGCUAGAUUUAUCAAAAAAUUCUUUUGUUGGCCAUGGUAUUUGA